CUCCGCAGACUCGCACAGUUCGGUACCGGCGCGCAUGGUGCCGACAGACUUGACCACAUCUCCGGUGCCGUGUGCCACCAAGCACACACGAGGCGACGCUGCCAAGCGCAAGAUGAGUACCCGCCUCCGCCAGCUGCGCUACGUCGCGCAAAAGCGAGAGAAUCUGGAGCGCCUCGAGGGCUCUGUCCAGCAGCUGCAAUGCCAGAUUGCGCGAUGCGAAGGCCAGCUCGAGGUCCUGCGCGCCGUCAAUGCGCCCCACGACAGCGCGCUCCGCACGGCAAUCGAGUUCUUCUCGUCGUUUCGGCACGGCUACCAACGUCAUGCGCCAUGA